UGGCCGGUCAUGUUCCGUGCGCUCACUAUCACCCUCACCCUCAUGACGGGGUGGGGCGGUCACGCCUCGCACGACUGUUCACACAUGGGCUCACUGCUCACUUACUACAUCAACGGAGUCAAUGGUCCCUGCUGGCCCGGUUUCCUGCCUUUCAUCGUGAUCCCCGAGAUUCCCGAGGGAUCCCUUUCUGAUACGUUCUCCGAGGAUCGGUACAUAUCCGGAGACGAGGUAGCGACAUACAUCGAGACAGGAGGUGCCUACUCGCCUAAAGGAGAGAGAAUCGGCGAUCUCGGUCCUGAGCGACUACUCCUUGUGGAAACCAUUCAUAUUGACCUAACGUCAAAGGCAGCAAAAAAUCCCAAUUACGAGGUCCAAGUGGAAGAUAUCGAAGAGUGGAUCUGUAACAAUGGACCCAUUCCGCCUCGAGCGUUCAUUAUCUUCAACACAGGCUGGUCAUUCAAGCGCGGCACCCGCUACUAUGGGCCAGACACUGUUCUCGACCUGGACCAGCUGAGUGACGCCCUACAGUUUGACAUCUCAUCCCUGCCCUUUCUCGUUCCCGGAGUGUUGGAGUUCGCGUGGCCCGGUAUCUCAGCUGAAGCAGCGGAGUUCUUGUUGAACUGUUUCUUCAUAGUUGGGAUCGGCAUAGACACCCCCUCGGUGGACGCAGGGUAUCGCCACAAACCAUACUCUAGCGACAUACCCGACAGUCGAGCUAUCCGCAGGUAUCUCAGUACCUAUGGCAUGUACUUAGUGCACAACAUUCUGCUGUUGGAUAUCCACCUGCCAGCCCGCGGCAUCUUCUCCACCUUAGGCGUGUUCAACAUGCGCCGUGCCACUCGCGCGCCCGUCAACAUCUACGUGGAAUAUUGCAUCAAAAGGAAGCCAUCAACGACCUGUGAGUUGGCCGACUACUGCAACGUCGUCUUUGGCAACUACCCAUAUCGCCGUGUCUAGCGAGACUGCCGUACAGUGCACAGUAAUUAUUUUAUUUAUUCCCUAAGAUAACAGAUAACAGAUUGUAGGCCACAAUUUAUAAUCCAUAACAUUGUACAUUACUUUGGCGUAAUGUAAUGUAUAAUGUUAAAAACAAAAUCAUCUGGUUCUUCAAGGUAAUAUAUGAAACAUUACCAAAUGUUUAAUUGACCUUUCAGGAAUAUUAGUUUCGGUACCAAAGAACUGUUAAUUCCAAUCGUAAAGAAACUAAUUUCCAAUUUACUAUUCCAAUUUUAUGUUUUAUGUAUUAAAACAUUAGUUCACAUGGAUACCAAGUUUGAUGAAUAAAGUGAGCCAAUCAUAUUAUAGCUCUUUUCGUCAUAAAAGUGAUUACUGAAUAAUUUUUCUAUUCCGACAACCAUAGCUGAAAUUUUUUAAAGCUGUCUAAAUACAAAUCAAUUUCUCCAUAACGAAAUCAAAGUAGGAAUUGGUUGGGCGGCAAUGAUACAGUUUACGAAUAUUGCUGUCAAAUAAUUACAAUCGUCUGUACGUAGUAUGAAAUUAAAAUAUAUAAUCACGAUAUCCCUUGGUAAUGCCUAAAAAUUAAAUCACAUCUUAAUAUAUUAAAUUUAAAGUUGACAGUUAAUUAUAAAAAUCUGCUGUUUUCUUUGGUAAUAUUGUAAACUGUAGCUUAAAGUUAUUUUUUUAUAAAUUAAAUCCUUUUACUAAAUGUUUGGAUUUCUAAUUACCUCUCAAUUUGAUUAUAACAAGAGUAAUAGGAAACUGAAUUUGAUAGACAGUGUUUGUUUCUUGAAACUUAU